CUGUGCUGCUUGACAGUCGACUAAAAUAUGCGUCACAGAUUCCGCCGCGGGCUGAGGGCUCAUGGGAAAUGGAGUCGGAGAUGGAAGGGUUUUCUUCAGCUUGGCUACCCUUGGUCAGCGCCAUCAUUACCUUCAUGUGCAGGACGUAAUCGAAGGCCAACGUGUUCCACUGGAGGGAAUCAUUUGACUGAUUAAACCAGUCGAUGGAAACCAGGAGGUGAAUCUCUGCCCUCCUUCUCUCCUCCUUUUUCUAUGUUCUCCUGCCCUCAGCUUCUUCAUUGUGGUGGUUUAAAACACAAAUCAGCCCUGCCCUCUGUCAUGCCACCUGCUUUUAAUGUCAAAAUAUUGUUUUGUUUUUUUCAGUUCUACAAGAAUGAAUCCACUAGAAAAUGUAGCAGCACUGUCCCACACAUGGAGGGAAAAGAGAUGAGGGGAAUGCAGGUUGAAAGGAAGGGUAGAAAGACGGAUGGACGGAUGAAUGGAUGGACAGAAAGACGGCGGGUGAAGGAGGUGGGGCUUGCCGAGCAAGAGGGUGGAUGGCGUUUCCAUCUGUGAACUCCACCUUAUGCACGGUCUCAGGAAACCCCUUCCACUGGUUGCACACGGCACGCAACGCUACAAGGCUGCAGCACGACACACACACACACACAGCCUAUGAUGAUGUAGGAGGAUGAUGACAGGAGAAGGGAGGAGGAGGGGCAGACCGCCAGCGAGCGUGCCGAGAGUGAGAGAGUGAGUGAGCGAGAGGAAAAGGGCAGAGGGAGCGUGAGCGAGUGAAAGCGUGAGAUAAGCGGGAGAGAGCAGCAUCUCUUGAGCGCAUUCAGCAGGCAGAGCAGAGCAGAGGGGGGAGAGCACCAGCACCUUACCAAAGGGGACGACACCACACCUCUCUCUCUCUCUCUCUCUCUCUCUCUCGGACACACACUCUCACACGUCACACACACGCAUUUGUGAGGAGGCGUGAGGCUCAGGAGGAGGAACACCACAUACCCGCGUGCUGUUUUUGCUGGCUUAGCUGCGCUUUGGAGAGCUGUCUCUUGAAGACUGGACCAGAGCUGUAUCCAUCGCUUCAUCCAUCCUUUUUUCCUCCUGCCUUCUACCUCUCCCUCGCACACAUUUGGACUGAUUUGCUCUCUGUCAUUCAUCUAACCUCUGACCAGUGUGUUUCUCUCUGCCUGUCUCUGCUCUCACCCGUUCAGCCAAGAAAUUCAGAGGCACACUUAGCGAGCAAGCGACCGACUGAGAGACUGACCUUUCGACCGCGAUCAUGAACUUCCUCCGACGCCGCCUCUCCGACAGCAGCUUCAUGUCCAACCUGCCCAAUGGUUACAUGACAGACCUCCAGAGGCCUGACCCACCUGCUCCUCCUCCCCCGACCGCCUCCUCCCCUUCCCAGCAAGGUGCAGCCACCGCCACGGCUCCCGUCCCUGCCCAGUCCCCGACCAAAGCCCCGGCACCGUCCCAGGCGCCAGCCAGCUCCCCCGCGUCUCAGGAGCGCCGCCCGACCCAGCUGGCUCAGCAGCCUCAGCAGGCCCAGUCCUCCUCUUCGUCCGGUGGGUCCUCCGGCUUCUUCAGCUCCUUCAGCUCCAUCACCAACGUGGUCAAACAGACGGCUGCGUCCGCCGCUGGGUUCGUGGAGCAGUCGGCUCCCUCUCCCUCACUCUCCAAGAAGUUCAAGAUCCUGUUGGUCAUUGACGAGCCCCAGCAUGAGUGGGCCAAAGUGUUUCGGGGAAAGAAGAUCCUUGGGGACUACGACAUCAAAGUGGAGCAGGCCGAGUUCUCAGAGGUCAACCUCAUCUCACAUUCAAAUGGAACCUGUAACGUGGACAUGCAGGUCGUGCGGGGUGGCACCAGAGUGGUCAGGUCCUUCAGGCCUGACUUUGUGUUGGUGCGUCAGCACGCCUUCAGCAUGGCCCAGAACGAGGACUUCAGGAACUUGAUCAUCGGGCUUCAGUACGCAGGCGUCCCCUCUGUCAACUCUCUGGACUCCAUCUACAACCUCUGCGACAAACCUUGGGCCUUUUCUCAGCUGAUCAAUAAUCAGAAGAAGCUGGGUUCAGAUAAGUUCCCCCUCAUUGAUCAGACUUUCUACCCCAACUACAAAGACAUGAUUACAACACCAAGCUUCCCAGUAGUGGUGAAGAUCGGACAUGCCCACUCUGGAAUGGGAAAGGUCAAGGUGGACAAUGUGAGUGACUUCCAGGACAUUGCAAGUGUGGUGGCCAUCACUCAGACCUACUGCACUACAGAGCCAUUUGUAGACGCCAAGUACGACAUCAGGGUCCAGAAAAUCGGCUCCGACUAUAAAGCAUACAUGCGAACAUCCAUCUCUGGUAAUUGGAAGAGCAACACCGGAUCUGCCAUGCUGGAACAAGUAGCCAUGACUGACAAGUAUAAGCUGUGGGUUGACACCUGCUCAGAGAUCUUCGGAGGGCUGGAUAUCUGUGCUGUUAAAGCCAUCUGCGGCAAGGACGGUAAUGACUACAUUACUGAGGUUGUGGGUUCAUCUAUGCAGCUGAUUGGCGAUCACCAGGCAGAGGACCGCCAGCUCAUCUCAGAAGUGGUGAUCGCUAAGAUGAACCAAGCACUGGCUGCCAGGUCGUCCAGUGUUUCCCGCUCACCUGCUCGCUCCCCUCAAAGCCAGAAGCCAACCACGGUGCAGCCCCAGCAGAGUGCUGCCCUUAAGGAAGGACUGGCAGAUCCAAACAGGACCUCAGGCCAGCGCCCUCAACCUCAAGGCGCACCAGUGAAAUCACAGAGUGUGGAUCCAGCAUCAGAGUCAGCUAAGAGAGCAUCUGAACCAGUUCCAAAGCCUGGCCAGGCCCAAAAACCUAGUCCAGGUCCAGUGCAGAAACCAGCUCAGGCUCAGAAGCCAGGCCCACUCCAGAAGGCUGCCUCAGUCACAAAACCGCCAGUGCAGAGGCCUCCCCCGAUGACGAGAGCCCCAUCCGUCACCAAGCCAGCCCCAGAUUCUGCUUCUGCCCCAGCCCCAGCCAAACCUGCACCAACCUCCCCAGCUAAAGCAGCAGCAGCAGCCGCAGCAGCUCCAGCCUCUCCCCCAGCCAAAGCAGCAUCAGCAGCGGCAGGAGGCUCCCCUUCAGCUUCAGCCUCAGCUUCAGCUCCAGCUGCGGCCUCUCCUUCAGCUUCAGCUCCUACAACAGAGCAGCCCAAACCCCAGCCUCAGGGCUCCCCAUCCCCAGCUCCCGGCAAACCAAAAGAGCUGCCCCCCAAACCCACACCACCUGCAAAGCCCAUCCCACCUGUACGCAGGAAUUCAAAGCCUCAGCUCCAGCCAAAGCCACAAACCCCGCCUCCUCCCAAAGCUUCACCCAAACCCCAGCCCGCUGCCCAGGCCCCAGCACCGGCUCAGGCCCCAGACGCAGCCUCAGCCCCCGCCCCAGCACACGUCCAGUCCCCAGCCAAAGCCAGCCAGUCCCCGCCCAGUGUCCAGUCUCCAGCUAAGGCUCAGGCCCAGGCCGUGCCGGCCUCUCCCUCUGCAAACCCUGAGCCUGUCCCGGCCGACGCAGCCGCGGCCCCUGCUGACGCCCCUGUGGAAGAACAGCCCGCAUCUCAGCAAAAGACCCAUCCUCUGCUGAAUAAGUCCCAGUCCCUGACCAAUGCCUUCAACGCUUUCAGCGACUCCUCUUUCUUCCGCGGGGUCUCAAGCUCUGGAGGCGACGGCCAAGACGAGGCGAAGGCAGAGACCAUUCGCAACCUCCGAAAGUCCUUCGCCAGCCUUUUCUCUGACUAGACACAGCCGAAUAAUAGUCAGCCCCUUAUCGAUCUGGCCCCCUCCUCCUCCUCCUCCCUCCACUUUUACCUUUGGCCAGUGAUGACUUGAUUGACAUUAAAUGUGAACCAGUCUGAGAUUAAACUUUGUGUGUUAACUGUACUGUACUCCCUCCGUCCCGGUCCCUCCUCUCCUCCACUUUCAGCUUCUCUGUGUGAGUUACAGUGAGGCCUGCUGGGUAAGAUGUUCAGUGAACGAUGCUGCGCCAGAGUAACUGGACUGAAGGAGUUACGUCAUUGAUAUAGAGUAGACUAGAUAGAAUAGAAUAACAAGAUCUUUAUUUUUCCCAGAGCACACUUUAAGGAACUCUUUCUGAAGUAUAUGAAAAGUAUAAUAUUCAAGAUUACAGAUGGAAUGUACAUACAGUAUAUAUGCAGUAAAUAAAUAGAAACAUAUAUAACUAUAAAGGGAGAUAAGCCAAUAUUUAAAAAAAGAAAAAUCCAGUAGCACUUUUCAAUUAGCUUUGGUCAGUGACAUAACUCUUUCACUCAGUGGCUGAAUUUCUACACAUUUUAAAAAAUAAUCAGACACGUGACAUUUGAUGGUUUCCUCACAGUGAAUGAAUUUUGGUCAAUAAGUGAAAGUAUGUGAGUAAAAGAAAAAAAAGGAUUUGUUCCUGUGUUAAUCCAGCUGUUGUGCGUCUCUGAUCCUUGGCUUUUGACCACUGGGCCUGUCAUCGCCGCCCCUCCUCCCUUUUGUCUACAAGCCUUGAAGUUCAUUGUCAUGUGAGGGAGCUGGAAAAUACGUGUAUGUUCAUCCGUGUUCAGUUGUUAUGCAUGGCUCCUCCAAGUGGUUCGGUGUGUGAUUUUACGGAGCAGAAGGGAGCUCUAUCAGUGUUGAGUUUUGCCCUCCGUUGCCUCUCUCUCUCUCUCUCUCUCUCUCUUUCUCUCUCACUCUGUCUCUCUUUCUCUAGAUGUUGUAGCCUUAUUGUGAACAUGUUUUCAAAUCACAGCUACGUUUGUUAGUUGUGCAGACCUGGGUCGAUUACAGCUCGAAAUUCAUUCAUUUACCUCAGCUGUUUGAAUCUGUAAACUACCUGAGAGUGAGACUGACUGCAGCUGCUUUAGUUUUAGGAGUUUUGGCAUCGCUCUGAGUGUGGCAGGCUGAAUAAAUCAAUCCUAACACGUAAAUGAAUGCAUUUUAAGCAGUAACUCAUGUCUGUCGCUGUGACUGGUGAUUUCUUGUUUCACCUCUGUGUAGAUCUAUCAACAGUAUUGUAAUUUGUCGAUUAUUCUCAUAAAAAGACAUUGAGACAGUAGUGCAAUAACACCUCGACAUGACUGUUGAGUGCUGUCACCCUAUUAUAAAUAUAACUAUGAUUAUACAUACAGGACCUGUGUAUCCGUUAAAAACCUUAUUCUUACAUUCCCUUUAAGAUUCCUUUCAGCGGCGACUCUCCAGGUUGCUUUUCGCUGCAGUCGGACGCAGGCUUUCAGACUGAUAUGCCAUAUUCAAGUGUUGGUUUUUGUGAUGAACCCUGUUAGGACUGAACUGAAGGCAACCUGGAACCAACCCCAGAACCCUUGACUGGUCACUUUCAGUUGAGUUGCUGCAUUUCAAGUCCAUAUGUGUAAAAUAAAUAAAUAACAAUAAAAAUCUCAACACCGCAAAUCAACCUGUCUGCUUCUCCAUCAUCAGUACUAUGUUGCAAGUAAAUUCUAACAUAUUGUAUUUGUAUGUAUGUACGUGUCAUCUCAGGAGUUUAUUUUUUGUAAUAUAUCGACUGAUUUAUUUUUUGAGGCUCCAUAUUUAUGGUACAGUAUAUUGUUUGUUUUGUAUUGUGUUUUUAUUUGUAACGCAAUACUGCUUUGCAUGAUCUGGUGACUGAUAAUGUUUUGUUUUUUUCCUGUACAGAUAAAAAGUUAAUAAAGAUGUGGUUCCAUCAUUUCA